AGAUCAGCUAAUACCAAGAGCUUGGAAGAUACAUGAAAGUGCAACUCUGGACUAUUUACUACAACACCUGCUCAACAACAUGCAACUCUCCUCCCACAACCACCAAUGGCUUUUCUUUUUUCCAAAGGGAGAGCAUGCAGUUGUGCAUGUUUAAAGGCAUAGGUCCACAGCGACAGAUGGUACUUAAAUAUUAAAGGCUCUGGGGAAGCACACCAUUGUUUGUCCUCCAUUUCAGAGAGGCAGUUGUGGUUAGUCGGUUGAGAGAGCGAGCGAGUGAGCGAGAGAGAGAGAGAGAGCCUGUGCUGCUGGGAACUGCAAGGACAGCUUCAGGGAAAGCAACAGAGGUGCACUCAAGUGUUAAACUAUCUGACAAAGGAUGUGAAGCAUGAAGAAACCAAGACAGAGUCGGCUGUAAAAUGUUAACAGAAGUUGGACUUUUAGUACAUUAAACAUGGAUGGAACCGCAAGCGGAACGGUAGAACCUCAAGAAAACGAUGGCACACAGAAUAGAGCCAAGGAUGAACUGGACAGGGUCUCGGAUGUGUCUGGGGCUCCUGUGGAAGGGGAUGUGGAGACUGGAGCACAGAACUCCAGGGACAGCCGGAAACUGGACUGCAUCAUCUGCUACAGCGCGUAUAAUCUGGGAGAGAGACUCCCGCGCAAACUCUACUGUGGUCACACGUUCUGCCAGGCCUGUCUGAAGCGGCUGGACACACUCAUCAACGAGCAGAUGUGGAUCCCCUGUCCACAGUGCCGGCAGAACACUCCUCUACCUCGCGGGGGCGCCACCGGACUCGACCUAGACCUGGCAGCAUUUCUGGGUGUAAAAGCUGAAGUGGAAAACCAGCGAACCUACAGCCAGAAAGCACUGCUGGAGACCAAGCCCUCCUUUAUAAAGCAGCCAAUCACAGAUCAGCCACCCUCAGUCUGGGCCAAUGUGGCAGUAGCAGAGCAUCGCUUCCGCAGAAGCCCUUGCUGCAAGCACUGCCUGCUCUGCUGCUGGUGGUGCUAGAU